AUGGACAUCGAAGAUGGUUGUAGAGUUGGUAUUAAGCAUAGAGGGAUUACGGUUGAUAAUGAGUUUUUGGUUGAUGGAUACACGAUGAUAGAAUCUGCCAGGUUGAAUUAUAUAAGGUCACAACAAACUAAACUUAGAACGCAAAGUCUUAAGAACUUGAAUGCUAAUGUUGAAAGUGGAGAGAAUAAUGCCUCAAGUUGUGGUAAACCUAUACUUUUACCUUCAUCAUUUACUGGUGGUUCUAGAUAUAUGAUGCAAAAGUACUUGGAUGCUAUGGCAAUUUGCAAGUCUGUUGGAUAUCCCGAUUUAUUCAUAACGGUGACUUGUAAUCCAAACUGGCCUGAGAUUUACAGGUGUUUGCACGAUAAAGCUCUUAAUGCUGAAGACAGACCGGAUAUUAUCUCUAGAUUAUUCAAGUGUAAAUUGGAUCAUCUUAUAAAAGAUUUCAAGAAAGAUAAAUUCUUUGGUGAUAUACAAGUCGUUAUGUAUACAGUAGAAUUUCAGAAGCGUGGACUCCCACAUGCUCACAUAUGUUUGUUCUUGGGUGCUGAAAGCAAAUUUCCAACUGCAUCUGAUAUUGAUCGUGUUAUUAGUGCUGAGAUACCAGAUAAAGAAAGAGAUCAUGAGACUUGUGUUGAUUCUGAAGGAUAUCCUGUCUAUCGUCGUCGUCAAACAAGUAAUACAGUAGUUAAGAAUGGCGUGGCACUUGAUAAUAGAUUUGUAGUUCCUUACAAUGCUCUCCUCCUCAGAAAAUAUCAGUGCCACGUUAACGUUGAAUGGUGCAACCAGUCAGUUUCUAUCAAAUAUUUGUUUAAAUAUAUUAAUAAGGGGCCUGAUAGAGUCACGACUUCUGUUUUUCGAUCCAAUAGCACCAACAAUGAUACAGAACAGAAUGUAGCUGUAGAUGAGAUAAAAGCAUACCUUGAUUGUAGAUAUAUCUCUGCUUGUGAAGCUGCUUGGAGAAUAUUCAUGUAUGAUAUACAUUAUAGAUAUCCAACUAUUGAAGUAUUGCCUUUUCAUUGUGAAGAUGGUCAGAGUAUUGUGUAUAACGAUCAUGAUAAUUUGUGUGAUAUUGUUACUGAUCCAACUGUGAAAAUGACAAUGUUUACAAAGUGGAUGAAUUGUAACAAAGUUGAUGAAUUUGCCAGGACAUUGAGGUAUGUUCAGUUUCCAGGAUAUUAUGUAUGGAAAGCUAAAAAUCGCAAAUGGAAUCGAAGAAAGAAUCCGUAUGGAUCAAUUGGGAGGAUACAUUAUGUCCCACCAUCAUUUGGUGAUUGUUAUUACUUAAGGAUUUUACUGAAUCAUAUUAAGGGACCAACCUGUUUUGAAGACACAAAAACAGUUGAUGGACAGGUUUUUGAAACAUUUAAAGAUGCAUGUUUUGCACGGGGACUGUGGGAUGAUGAUAAGGAAUAUGUUAAUGCUGUCAAAGAAGCUAGCACAUGGUCAAACAGUGAUUUCUUGAGGACUUUUUUUGUAAUGUUGUUGCUGUCAAAUUCGAUAUCUCGUCCUGGUGUUUUUUGGUCGGAAACAAAGUCCUUGUUAUGUGAAGACAUUCUGUAUCAGCAACGAAAGAUAACUGGUAUUGCAGAUUUGGUUCUUCAACAAGAAGAACUUGAAAAUAUCUGUCUAUCUGAAAUUGAAAAGGUGCUACUUAUCAAUGGAAGUACAAUGAGAAAUUUUGAUGAUAUGCUAAGUGUUCCAGACAAUUAUGUUUCAUCAUCGAACAAUCGAUUGAUAAUGAAAGAACUAUCGUAUGACAGACUAGCUCUUCAAAGGGAACAUGAUGGUUAUGUAAAGUGUUUAACUGCCGAACAGGAAAGGAUAUAUAAAAUUGUUAUGGAAGCGAUUGAAAAAGGUGAUGGAGGUGUGUUUUUUGUAUAUGGUUAUGGUGGAACUGGAAAGACGUUUUUUUGGAAGACAUUCUUAGCUGCAUUACGAUCGAAAGGUGAAGUUGUAUUGAAUGUUGCAUCCAGUGGAAUUGCUUCACUUUUGCUGGAUGGUGGUAGAACUGCUCAUUCAAGGUUUGUAAUUCCAAUCAACAUUAAUGAGAAUUCAAUAUGUUCGAUAGAGCCUAAUACUGAGUUAGGUGAUUUAGUUAAAACAGCAACUUUGAUUAUUUGGGAUGAAGCACCUAUGACUCACAAGCAUUGUUUCGAGGCUCUCGAUAGAACAAUGAGAGACAUAUCACGUUCCAGUCAACCGAACAUGGAAUCCAAGCCUUUUGGGGGAAAGGUCAUUCUAUUUGGUGGUGAUUUUAGACAAAUUCUUUCGGUCAUCCCUAAAGGUACCAGAACAAUGAUAGUCAGUGCUUGUUUGAAUUCUUCUUAUAUAUGGCAAUACUGUCAAGUACUAAAGCUAACUGAGAAUAUGAGAUUAAGAGUUGGGUGUCAGGAAGCAGAUUUGAAAAAAAUAAAGCAAUUUGCAGAAUGGAUUUUAAAGCCUGGUGAUGGUCUGCUUGGUGAAAAAAAUGAUGGUGAGAUAGAUAUUGAAAUACCAGAUGAUUUACUUAUUCAUGACCAAGUCAAUCCUAUUUCUUCUCUCAUUUCAUUUACAUAUCCGAACAUGAAUAAGUUUUUGUGGGAUUUAACAUAUUUCCAACAAAGAGCGAUUCUUGCUCCAAGUAAUGAAGUAGUAGAUUCAAUAAAUAAAGAGUUGUUAGAGAGUCUGCCUGGUGAAGAGAAGAUUUAUUUUAGUUCAGAUAGUUUAUGCCAAUCUGAGGAAGAAUCAGAGCUUAACAUGGCAUUGUUUCCUCCUGAUGUGUUAAACAAUCUUUGUUUAUCUGGUUUACCUAGCCAUAAAUUAGUACUGAAACUUGGUGCUCCAGUGAUGUUACUCAGAAACAUUGAUCAGGCAAAUGGAUUGUGUAACGGUACACGUUUACAAGUCCCGAGCUCGAAAAAGUUGUGA